CAUCCUUAUAACACUCCUUUUUUUUUCUCUCUUAAAAAAAGACAUUGAAGGAACCGGUUCCUGACUUCUCAAAUACUGAAGAAUGGUACGACAUCAAGCUCCUUACUGUUGGCGCCCCAGAUCCUGAUAUCAUUCACAAGCGAAAUAUCCCUAUGUCAUUCAAAACCCAGAUACAUUGUGCUACUACAGUCAUGAGUCGCUGUCAGGUGUAUUCGAAUAAAAAGACACACGCAGGUCGUCAUGCUGGCACAACAGAAGCAUACCAUCUAAGACUAGAUGUGAACCAUGUGCUUCAUCUUGGCCGUUGGAAGACAGGACAAAUGCAAGCGUUUUAUGCACCAAUGAUUCCAAUUACCGGCGCGUUUUAUAUGGCUCAUUUUAACAAGAUAGAUGAGCCAUACUUCAUUGAACGCGAUCUUGUCACUCCACCUCUCGCCCUUCAGCGCCUUAUCUUCCCGUGGAUUGAGGAUAAUUUUAAAACAGACAUGCCUCAGAAGACACAGUCCUGGAUCAAGGAAUGCGACCAAGAGAUGGAGGGGUUGGACCCAAAUGUCUGCACAGCAGAAGACCUCCAUUCGAUCCCACCUCGAGAAUCUGCAGCAACUGUCGGAACUUCCAGAAUCUACGAUACUGUUUUGGUAAACCGCAUUGCUUUCCUUAAACUCCUUGUUCGUAUGAGGCGCGUGAUCCUUCAGGAUGCCGUCCUUUACAUGAGGACUGAUGAAGCCGGCCGAUCUUUGACCAAUAACCUUCUCGCUUCUCUGGACGUCUUCAAGAACCCGAUGUUUAUUAAAUUCCAGGCUGAUCUUAUCCGAGCUAUGGAUGAAUAUUCCAAACGCCCCGAUCUCAUCGAACCUCACGUUUUGGUUAAUCGCGAUACCGUGGUGCAAGGGUUCAAUUCACUCAACAGUGGACUCAAUUCACUCAACAGUGGACUCAAUUCACUCAACAGUGGACUCAAUUCACUCAACAGUGGACUCAAUUCACUCAUCGGCCGUAUCAGCCGCAUCGAACAACAACAAGACAAGGUUAUCCGAGGUAUCUCGGCCCAGAUUAACCGUAUGAUGCAACAGCAAGAAGAAUUAUCCAAAGAGCGCCAGGCUCAGUCGCAAUUAUCGGCGAUGAAUGAUACGUUCAACUUGGAGCUCCAUCAGCUGAUGGCUCGAUCGCCUCAAGUCUUUUUACAAAACCAGCAAUCGUCAUCACAAUCCCCACAAUGGCCACGCCCUCGCCCUCAGUCCUCGCCGCAGCCUUCAGUCCUAUCACAGUCUGCAGAACAGCAGUCAGAGGUGCCACAGGGUGAUGAUAGGAGCAAGGGUUACAUUAUGCUACCUGAUACCUGUUUGACAGUUCAACAGGCUUGGGACGAGUUCUAUGGUCCAGUGAAAGUUGCCAUCCUUCAAGAUAAGGCAUGGCCUUUCACUCCAGCCCGUCGGAAAGCCUAUAGGCGCCGUCACCAGCUUAUUGAGCUCAUCAGGAGGGAGGCGAAAAGGAGGGACCAGCGCAUCGACGAGUUCGUGAAAGCGCUCUCAGAAGCCAGCAAAGGGCGUACCAUGAAUUCACUUCGUCUUGAAAUGGAGGCGAAAGAAAAAGGUGUUACGAAAGAAGGAGACCAGGAGGAGAAUACGCAGGCACAAUCAUCGUAAGCCGUCCUUACUUGACGCGUUACAAGGAUACGCUAAAGGUAAUAUGGAUAAGUAAACUAGAUGUCAUAGUAGACAUAGUGACACGAUGAUAAAAAGCCAGACUGUUGUUAUGAAGUAACUUGAUGGGAGAGUCGGAAGAAAAAAAAAGAACAAGGUAUAGAAAGAAG